CGUUCCGCCAGUUGUUUGUUUAGCUUGUGACAUAAGGAGCUGAGUCAGUUACUUUCAGUUUAUUUGGCAGAAGCAGAGACACGUCCUUCUGAGUCUAUUUGCCGUCGACAAUAUGUUAUUGCCCUGGAUCUGCCUGUUUAUCACACUGGCAGUGGAAAGGAAUUCUGCAUCUGCAAUACAUAAUAUAGAAGAUUCCUCAAACACAUUCAUUGCUAAACCAUCAUUGUCACUGCACAAGGUUUUUAAAAGACAAUCAAAAUGUCUAGAUUGGCAAUAUCCUGGUAAUCAAUUCUGCUGUGGGAAAUGUCCAGCUGGGACCCGUGUAGAGAAUGACUGUCAGAAAGAACACGAGAACUCCACCUGUAUACCUUGCACUGAAGGGAAGGAUUAUAUGGACCAACUCAAUGGUUACAAUCAGUGCCUCCGCUGCAAACCAUGUGACCAGGAACAAGAAGUUGAUUCCCCUUGCACAGUCUUUCACGAUACGGUGUGUAAAUGCAAAGCCAAUUAUUUCUGCAGUUCAAAUACCAGCCAAGACCCCAGGAUCUGCGAUCACUGUCUGCCCUGUACCCAGUGUGGAAACGGCAUUGCAGAAAAAUGCACAGCGACAAAAGACACGGUGUGCAAAGGUAGCCGGAGCCACUGGGCGGCAUUAGGAGCACUGAUACCACUGGUUGUGUGUGCAGUUGUGUGUGUAAGAUGCAGACAAAAGACAAGGAUCAUAGUUCCGCCACGAGCUCCCCAAGCUGAGCCUUAUCCUUCAUACCUUAAAGAUAUUGAUUUGGAACCUCAUCUACAAGACCUGGCUGGUAAAAUGCUGUACGAGCAGAUGGUACAAUGUGUAAGAAAAAUGGAUCUAACGGAACCUGUCAUAGAUGACAUUAAAAACAGCCAUGGAAAAGGCUUUGAAGGAAAGUACCAGUUGCUGAGAAGCUGGUAUACGUAUCACGGCCAGACGGGGGCAUUUCAGCAACUCAUUGAAACUCUCCAAGAGCGCGGCUUCAAUAGACCUGCACAGAAUAUCAUUGAUUUUUUAAAAAGUAAAGUGCAGCCCUAAGAAGAGAUUGCACAGGAGAAAGGUGCAGAUAUUUGUUGCUAAAAAAAAUGUGGUUUGACUGUGGGCAUCUUGAAUAGACUCUAUUUCUUCAUGAAUAUUAGUGGUGCAAAUCAUCAUCAUGUUAUAUGUAUAGAAAUGCAAAUUGGAGGAAGAAGAUGAUGCAGCCCAUGCAAGCUGGGUGUUCUUCAUGGGAAUAUUAGGAGCAUUUUCAUUAUUCAUGGUUCUUAGGAAAAAGUGGAAGGGAGAACAGCAUUUAACUCUACUGGAGUAUUAGUAUCAUUAGAUGGUGCUAGACCAACUUGUAGCCAAUACGAUCAUUGGAAUGUUCAUGGUACCAGGCCAACCUAUAGCCAAUAAGAUUAUUGGAAUGUCCAUGGUGCUCUACCAACCUGUAGCCUAUAAGAUCAUUGGAAUGUUCAUAGUACCAGGCCUACCUGUAGGCAAUAAGAUCAAUGGAAUGUUCUUUUCACAGGCCAACCUGUAGCCAUUAAGAUCAUUGGUAUGGCAUAGGUGUUAGACCAACCUGUAGCCAAUAAGAUCAUUGGAAUGGUUAAGGUACCAGUCCAAUUUGUAGCCAAUAAGAUCAUGUAAUGCUCAUGGUACCAAGCCAACCUGUAGCCAAUAAGAUCAUGGAAUGUUCAUGGUACCAGGCCAACCUGUAGCCAAUAAGAUCAUUGGAAUAGUUAAGGUACCAGUCCAAUUUGUAGCCAAUAAGAUCAUUGGAAUAGUUAAGGUACCAGUCCAAUUUGUAGCCAAUAAGAUCAUGGAACGUUCAUGGUACCAGGCCAACCUUUAGCCAAUAAGAUCAUGGAAUGUUCAUGGUACCAGGCCAACCUUUAGCCAAUAAGAUCAUGGAAUGUUCAUGGUACCAGGCCAACCUGUAGCCAAUAAGAUCAUUGGGAUGGUUAAAUUACCAGGCCAACCUGUAGCCAAGAAAAGCAAGGCUCUAAAAAUACAUUUCUGUCACAUAGGAAUUAUCUUGUUUUACUCAGGAAAAAGGCCAUAUAAUACCUGUGGUGGUUUUUAGAAAUCAGUCGCUGGGGAUUUCAUGGACUGCACAAUUUCAGAAAAACUUGAACUCCAAUCUCUGAGCCUUUGAAACAAUUUUUUUUUUAUUCAUGUCAAACAGAGAUGCCAUGAAAUGAUAUAUAUUGUACCUUACAGAAAUAAAUAGACUGAUUUUCCA